GCAUACCAGCCGUUGUCAUUUGUUUACGCGAUGCCGAAGCUGCAAUAUGAGUGUUCGGUUAAAAGGUUAGUAACUGUUAUAGCAACAAUUGGGCGCGUGCAAAUUAUGUGAAGACGACACGCCGCACUAAAGACGUUAACGCUGAUAUUGCCGUCAAGUUGCCCCGCUGUCCCGCUGCCAUGUUGCCCACGUACGAGCGUCUGAACGAGUCGAAGAAGGUGUUCUUCCGUAUUCCGUUUGCCAGGUUGGCCGUAAUUGCCGUUAGCUUGCCAUUGGGCGCCUUCUUCUUCUGUGUGGUCUGGUCGCUAAUGUUUGACUUUGUGCGCUCCACAUUUACACACUGCGAUGUGGCCAACUAUCUGCCCUCCGUCUCGGCGGCCAUUGGCAAUUAUGAGCCGCAGAAAACGGUUUGGCGUCUGGCAAUAAUUCUUCAUAUGCCAUUCCGGCUGGCGGUGGCCAAAAUGUACUUGGAAUACUACAGGGAGCACAUUCGACGCAAUCGUCGCAUGUUUGGCAUCUUGGCGUGCACACUGAAUGUCAUUGAAGAUUUGGCGCUCUUCUCGCUUUCACUGUGGACAUCGGCGGAUAAUUAUGAAAUCCAUCGAAAUUCAUUUGUGGUGUUUAUAGCGUGCAGUGAAUGCUAUAUGCUGAUCUCUUACCUGUUAAACAGGAAUGCCCGCAAGAUAGUUCUACUGCCGCACGAGGAGAAAUCAUUAAAAUUCAAACGCAACUUAUUCCUAAUCAAUAUCGUGUCCUUUGGCCUCGCCGGAUAUUGUUUUAUGCGGCAUAAUGCUCGCUGUGAAACCGGAGUCUACACAUUCUUCGCGCUCUUCGAGUACAUUGUGGUGCUCACAAACAUGGGAUUCCAUAUGACAUCCUGCUGGGACUUUUACGCUCUAAACGUCGUCUGCGAUGCCAGGAAAGGACUUUAUUUAACGCAUUUAUAAAACGCUUCACAUACACAUUGAUAUCCACGUCAAAAGCCGACGAAUUUUGUAUAUAUUGCGGUAUUAGCUUAAGCUCAAAGUUUACUUAAUUUUAAACCAUCAAAAAGCAACUUAAUAAAAUGCAGAAGUUUUAUUAUUAAAAUAAGCUAGAUUUGAA